GUAGGCAUGGGUUCCCUGCGGAGCUGGUGGACACUCUGGGCUGGAGCAGCCCUCCUGUGGGGAUUGACCCAGGAGGCCUCAGUGGACCCCAAGAACACCAGUGGGGAGGAAUUCCUCGCCGCCUUCCUGCAGAACUAUCUGCCUGGGUACAACAAAGCCUCCCUCCGCCUCCUCAUCUCCAGUCUGUCAGAAAACCCCACCUUGGUUUCCAUCCUCAGCCAGGCAGACGGCACUUUACAGAAUGUCACAGUGAGACCUGGGGAAUCUGUCAUGGUCAACAUCAGUGCCAAGGCUGAGAUGACCGGUAGCAAUACCUUUCAGCAUGCAGUGGUGGUCCACUCUGACCGCACCAUCUCUGUGCAGGCAUUAAACACUAAGCCCGACACAGGAGAGCUUACACUGCUGCGGCCUGUCCGUGCUCUGGGCACCGAGUAUUUUGUGUUCACACCCCCUGGCACCUCAGCCAAGAAUGUCAAGGAGUUUGCUGUGGUGGCCGGGGCAGCAGGCGCCUCAGUCAGUAUCAAACUAACAGGAGCAGUGACAUUCCAGGGCAAAUUCUACUCAGCGGGCAAUGUUCUUAGUGUGACUCUGCAGCCCUACAACGUGGCCCAGAUACAAAGUACAGCUGACCUCUCGGGGUCAAAGGUCACCUCCAGUAGCCCAGUGGCUGUCUUCUCGGGCCACAGCUGUGCCCAGAAACACACAAACUGCAACCAUGUAGUGGAGCAGCUGCUACCCACAUCUGCCUGGGGUACCCACUAUGUGGUGCCCCCUCUGCCCUCCCAAGCCCGUUAUGAUAUUGUCUACGUUGUGGCCAGCCAGGCCACAAAGUUGACCUACAACCAGGGGGGUAUCAUCGGCUCCCGUGGUCUCCAGAUGGGUGACGUGUUAGAGUUCGAGCUCCGACAAUCCCACCCACUCUACCUGUCUGCAGAUGUAGGCAUCCAGGUCCUGCUGUUUGGCACUGGUGCUAUAAGGGAUGAAAUCACCUAUGAUCCCUACCUGGUCGUGGUCCCAGAUGUGGCAGCCUACUGCCCUGCCUACGUGGUCAAGAGUGUACCAGGUGCUAUAGGCGUGGCCCUGGUGGUGGCCCCAGUGAAGGCUACUGAUAAGCUGACCAUGGACGGCCAUGCACUGGGGGCGAAGCUCACCUGGGUGGCUGUGCCAGGCAGCGAGUUCUCCUAUGCCGAAGUGGACCUCGGUACUGCUGACAGGAUCCAUGUGGCUAAAGCCACUACCAACUUUGGGCUGCUCACCCUCGGGAUGGCCCGUGCUGUGGGUUACGGGACAGCAGCUGCCUGUGGCCAGACUGUGCUUCGAGAAGAGGAGCCCACCUGUGAAGGCGUGCAGUGCGCGGCCGGGCAGCGCUGCCAGGUGGUGGAAGGGAAGGCCAAAUGCGUGGCAGAGCCCGCCGCGGUCUGCCGCGCUCAGGGUGACCCCCAUUAUACCACCUUCGAUGGCCGUCGCUACGAUAUGAUGGGCACCUGCUCGUACACCAUGGCCGAGCUGUGCGGCAUGGAUGAAAAUCUGCCCGCCUUCAGUGUGGAGGCCAAGAACGAGCACCGCGGCAGCCGUCGCGUCUCCUACGUGGGCUUUGUCACCGUGCGCGCCUACAGCCACUCUGUGUCGCUGGCGCGCGGAGAAGUCGGCUUUGCCCGGAUUGACAACCAGCGCUCCCGCCUGCCAGCCUCUCUGAGCGAGGGGCGUCUGCGUGUGUACCAGAGCGGCACACGGGCCGUGGUGGAGCUGGACUUCGGGCUGGUGGUCACCUAUGACUGGGACUGCCAGCUCGUGCUGAGCCUGCCCACACAGUUCCAAGACCAGGUGUGUGGGCUGUGUGGCAACUACAAUGGUGACCCCACUGAUGAUUUCCUCACGCCUGACUGGGAGCAGGCUCCCAAUGCUAUGGAGUUCGCCAGUAGCUGGAAGCUGGAUGACGGGGACUACCUGUGCGAGGACGGCUGCCAGAGCAACUGUCCGUCCUGCACCCCAGGCCAGGCCCAGCACUACGAGGGCAACCGACUGUGUGGCAUGCUGACUCUAAAAAAUGGCCCCUUCGCUGUCUGCCAUGAUAUCUUGGAUCCCAAACCCUUCCUGGAAGAAUGUGUCUAUGACCUGUGUGUGGUUGGUGGGGACCGGCCCAGCCUAUGCCGUGGCCUCAGUGCCUAUGCCCAAGCAUGUCUGGAGCUUGGCAUCUCUGUCGGAGACUGGAGGUCGCUAGCCAAUUGCCCCCUGUCCUGCCCAGCCAACAGCCGCUACGAGCUCUGCGGCCCUGCCUGCCCGGCCUCCUGCAACUCUGCGGCAGCGCCGUCCAACUGCUCUGGGCGUCCCUGCGUGGAGGGCUGCGUGUGCCUUCCUGGCUUCGUAGCAAGCGGCGGCGCCUGCGUGCCAGCCUCGUCCUGCGGUUGCACCUUCCAGGGCCGUCCGCUCGCACCAGGCCAGGAGGUGUGGGCAGACGAGCUGUGCCAGCGGCGCUGUACCUGUAACGGCGCCACUCAGCAAGUGAGCUGCCGUGACACGCAGGGCUGCCCAGCGGGCGAGCGCUGCCUCGUCCAGAAUGGCCUCCUGGGUUGCUACCCUGACCGCUUUGGGACUUGCCAGGCGUCCGGAGACCCGCACUAUGUGAGCUUCGAUGGCCGGCGCUUCGACUUUAUGGGCACCUGCACAUACCUGCUGGUUGGCUCAUGUGGCCAAGAUGCAGCGCUGCCUGCCUUCCGCGUGCUGGUGGAAAACGAGCACCGGGGCAGCCAGACUGUGAGCUACACACGCGCUGUGCGGGUGGAGGCCCGAGGCGUGGAGGUGGCGGUGCGCCGGGAAUACCCAGGAAAAGUGCUGGUCGAUGGCAUCUUUCAGUACCUGCCCUUCCAAGCAGCAGAUGGACAGGUGCAGGUGUUCCGCCAGGGCAGGGAUGCUGUAGUGCGCACAGACUUUGGCCUGACUGUCACCUACAACUGGGAUGCCCGUGUGACUGUUAAAGUGCCCAGCAGCUAUGCCGGGGCCCUGUGUGGACUCUGUGGGAACUUCAAUGGGAACUCAGCAGAUGACCUGGCUCUCCGGGGUGGGGGUCAAGCUGCCAAUGCUCUGGCCUUUGGGAACAGCUGGCUAGAAGAGACAAGGCCUGGGUGCGGAGCAGCUGAACCAGGCGACUGUCCCAAUCUUGACUCCCUGGUGGCUCAGCAGCUACAGAGCAAGAAGGAGUGUGGAAUCCUUGCUGACCCUGAAGGGCCUUUCCGGGAGUGUCACAACACUCUGGACCCCCAUGGGGCUGUGCGUGACUGCGUCUAUGACCGCUGCCUGCUGCCAGGCCAGUCUGGGCCACUGUGUGAUGCACUGGCCACAUACGCUGCUGCAUGCCAAGCUGCUGGGGCCACUGUCCACCCCUGGAGGAGUGAAGAAUUUUGCCCACUUACUUGUCCGCCCCAUAGCCACUACGAAGAGUGUUCCUAUGGCUGCCUACUAUCUUGUGGAGACAUCCCAGUGCCCGGGGGCUGUGGCUCGGAAUGCUAUGAGGGCUGUGUGUGUGAUGAGGGCUUCGUGCUCAGUGGUGAGUCCUGCGUGCCCCUGGCCUCCUGCGGCUGCGUACACCAGGGUGUCUACCAUCCACCAGGCCAGACCUUCCAUCCCGGACCUGGCUGCGAUUCCCUUUGUCACUGCCAGGAAGGUGGUCUGGUAUCCUGCAAGCCCUCCACCUGUGGCCCACAUGAGGCCUGUCAGCCGUCCGGUGGCAUCCUAGGCUGUGUGGCUGUGGGUUCUACCACCUGCCAGGCAUCAGGAGACCCUCAUUACACCACUUUCGAUGGCCGACGCUUUGACUUCAUGGGCACAUGUGUAUAUGUGCUGGCUCAGACCUGCGGGACCCGGCCAGGCCUGCACCAGUUUGCCGUCCUACAGGAGAACGUGGCCUGGGGCAAUGGGAAAGUCAGUGUGACCAAGGCGAUCACAGUGCAAGUGGCUAAUUUCACCCUUCGGCUGGAACAGAAGAAAUGGAAAGUCACGGUGAACGGUGUGGACAUGAACCUGCCCGUGGUGCUGGCUGAAGGCAAGAUCCGAGCCUUCCGACAUGGCUCAGAUGCUGUGAUCGAGACCGACUUCGGCCUACGUGUGGCCUAUGACCUUGUAUACAAUGUGCGGGUCACUGUCCCAGGCAACUACUACCAACAGAUGUGUGGCCUGUGUGGAGACUACAACGGUGACCCCAAGGAUGACUUUCAGAAGCCAGAUGGCUCACAGGCAGGCAACCCCAAUGAUUUUGGCAACUCCUGGGAGGAAGCAGUGCCUGGAUCUCCCUGCCUGCCACCCACUUGCAAGCCAGGCGAGGACUGCAACCCAGAAUGUAGCCCCGAGUUGGAGCAGAAGUACCAGCAGGAGCAGUUCUGCGGGCUUCUCACCAGCCCCACAGGUCCCCUGGCCUCCUGCCACAAGCUGGUGGACCCCCAGGGUCCCUUGCAAGAUUGCGUCUUCGAUCUCUGCGUGGGCGGUGGGAACCAGAGCAUUCUCUGUAGCGAUAUCCACGCCUAUGUGAGUGCUUGCCAGGCAGCUGGAGGUCACGUCGAGCCCUGGAGGACUGAAUCUUUCUGUCCAAUGGAAUGCCCUCCCAACAGCCACUACGAGCUCUGUGCGGACACCUGCUCCCUGGGCUGCUCAGCUCUCAGUGCCCCACCACAGUGCCCGGAUAAAUGUGCUGAGGGCUGCCAGUGUGACCCUGGCUUCCUCGCCAACGGCCAAGCCUGUGUGCCCAUCCAGCAAUGCGGCUGCUACCACAAUGGUGUCUACUACGAGCCGGGGCAGACAGUCCUCAUUGACAGCUGCCAGCAGCAGUGCGUGUGCCAUGCAGGUAAAGGCAUGGCAUGCCAAGAACACAGCUGCAAGCCGGAACAGGUGUGCCAGCCCUCAGAAGGAGUCCUGAGCUGUGUUACCAAAGACCCAUGCCACGGUGUGACAUGCCGGCCACAGGAGACAUGCAAAGAACAGGGAGGCCAGGGCAUUUGUGUGCCCAAUUACGAGGCCACAUGCUGGCUGUGGGGUGACCCACACUACCACUCCUUCGAUGGCCGGGACUUUGACUUCCAGGGCACCUGCAACUAUGUGCUGGCAACAACUGGCUGCCCAGGGGCCAGUGCCCAGGGCCUGACACCCUUCACCGUCACCACUAAGAAUGAGAACCGGGGCAACCCUGCUGUGUCCUAUGUCCGGCUCGUGACCGUGACUGCCCUCGGUACCAACAUCUCCAUCCACAAGGGCGAAAUUGGCAAAGUCCGGGUGAAUGGUGUCCUGACAGUGCUGCCUGUCUCCACGGCUGGAGGGCGGCUUUCGGUGACACAGGGCGCAGGAAAGGCGAUGCUAGCAACUGACUUCGGACUGCAAGUCACCUAUGACUGGAACUGGAGGGUAGAAGUGACACUGCCCAGUAGCUACCAUGGUGCAGUGUGCGGGCUCUGUGGGAACAUGGACCGCAACCCCAACAAUGACCAAGCCUUCCCUAAUGGCACUCUGGCUCCCUCAACACCCAUCUGGGGUGGCAGCUGGCGAGUCCCAGGCUGGGACCCGCUGUGCUGGGAUGAGUGUCAGGGGUCCUGCCCAACAUGCCCUGAGGACCGGCUGGAUGAAUAUGGGGGUCCUGGCUUCUGUGGACCCCUGGCCCCUGGCACAGGGGGCCCCUUUGCCACUUGCCAUGCCCAUGUGCCACCCGAUAGCUUCUUCAAAGGCUGUGUCCUGGACGUCUGCCUGGGCGGCGGGGCCCAUGACAUACUUUGCCAGGCACUGGCUGCCUAUGCUGCUGCCUGCCAGGCUGCGGGGAUUGUCAUCGAGGACUGGAGGGCACAGGCUGGCUGUGAGAUUCCCUGCCCAGACAACAGCCACUACGAGCUCUGUGGCCCACGCUGCCCAGCCAGCUGCCCAUCCCCGGCGCCUCCCCCAGCACCAGCCCUCUGUGAGGGCCCUUGCAUCGAGGGCUGCCAGUGCAACUCAGGCUUCGUGUUGAGUGCUGACCACUGUGUUCCCUUGGAUGGCGGCUGUGGCUGCUGGGCCAAUGGCACCUACCACGAGGCGGGCAGCGAGUUCUGGGCUGAUGCCACCUGCUCCCAGCGGUGCCACUGUGGACCUGGGGGUGGCUCGCUGAUCUGCUCUCCUGCCAACUGUGGGCUGGGUGAAGAAUGUGCCCUCCUGCCUUCCGGCCAGCAUGGCUGCCAACCUGUCAGCACAUCUGAGUGCCAGGCUUGGGGUGACCCCCACUACGUGACCCUAGAUGGGCACCGAUUCGACUUCCAAGGCACCUGCGAGUACCUGCUGAGCGCACCCUGCCAUGUACCACCCAAGGGGGCUGAGCACUUCAACGUCACUGUGACCAAUGAGCACAGGGGCAGCCAGGCCGUCAGCUACACCCGCAGCGUCACUCUGCAUAUCUACAACCAUAGCCUGACCCUGAGUGCCCGCUGGCCCCAGCGGCUACAGUUGAACGGCGAACUCGUGGCGCUGCCCUUCCAGCUGGACUCGCGCCUGCGGGCGCAUCUGAGCGGCGCUGACGUGGUGGUGACCACCGCCUUCGGGCUCCAGUUAGCUUUCGACGGGAACAGUUUCGUGCGCCUGAGGGUGCCGGCGGCAUACGCGGGCACCCUCUGUGGCCUGUGCGGGAACUACAACCAGGACCCUGCAGACGACCUGAACGCAGUGGGCGGGAACCCAGGCGGCUGGCAGGUGGGCGGCGCCCAGGGCUGCGGGGAGUGCGUGCCCGGGCCCUGUCCGCAGCCCUGUACGCCUGAGCAGCAGGAACCCUUCGGUGGCCCUGAUGCCUGCGGUGUGAUCUCCGCUCCCGACGGCCCGCUGGCGCCCUGCCAUACCCUCGUGCCACCUGAGAAUUACUUCCAAGGCUGCUUGCUGGACGCCUGUCAGGCUCAGGGCCAUCCGGGAGGCCUGUGCCCUGCCGUGGCCGCGUACGUGGCAGCCUGCCAAGCCGCUGGGGCCCAGCUCGGCGAAUGGAGGCGGCCGGACUUCUGUCCCCUCCAGUGCCCUGCCCAUAGCCACUACGAGCUCUGCGGUGACUCCUGCCCUAUCAGCUGCCCAAGCCUCUCAGCACCCGAGGGCUGUGAGCCAGCCUGCCGAGAGGGCUGUGUCUGCGAUGCUGGCUACGUUCUCAGUGGUGACACCUGUGUACCCCUGGGCCAGUGUGGCUGCCUCCAUGAUGGCCGCUACUACCCACUGGGCGAGGCCUUCUACCCAGGCCCUGAGUGCGGGCGGCACUGUGAGUGUGGACCAGGUGGCCAAGUCACCUGCCAGGAGGGCACAGCCUGUGGGCCCUAUGAGGAGUGCCGCUUAGAGGAUGGUGUCCAGGCUUGUCAUCACAGAGGCUGUGGCCGCUGCCUGGCCAGCGGGGGCAUCCAUUAUGUCACCCUCGAUGGACGAGUCUACGACCUGCAUAGCUCCUGCUCCCAUAUCUUAGUUCAAGUCUGUCGCCCAAAGCCUGGGGAUGAGGACUUUGCCAUUGUGCUUGAGAAGAAUGCAGCUGGAGACCCACAGCGCCUGCUGGUUACUGUGGCUGGCCAGGUUGUAGGCCUGGCUCGGGGACAGGUCACCAUCGAUGACGAGGUUGUGACCCUACCUGUGGCUGUGGGCCACGUGCGGGUGACUGCUGAGGGUCGAAACAUAAUCCUGCAGACGACCAAGGGGCUGCGGCUUCUCUUUGAUGGCGAUGCCCACGUGCUCAUGUCGAUUCCCAGCACUUUCCAUGGACGGCUCUGUGGCCUCUGUGGGAACUUCAAUGGCAACUGGAGCGAUGACUUUGUCCUGCCCAGUGGUGCAGUGGCCCCCAGCGUGGAGGCCUUUGGAGCUGCAUGGCAGGCACCCGGCUCCUCCCAGGGCUGCAGUGUGGGCUGCGGGCCUCAUGGCUGCCCUGUGUGCUCAGCAGAAGAGACGGCACCAUACGAAAGCAACAAGGCCUGUGGGCAGCUCCGCGACCCCCAGGGCCCCUUUGCCACCUGCCACGCGGUGCUGAGUCCCUCUGAGUACUUCCGCCAGUGCGUGUAUGACCUGUGUGCCCAGAAGGGCGAUAAAGCUGCCCUCUGCCGCAGCCUGGCAGCCUACACAGCAGCCUGCCAAGCAGCCGGCCUGGCCGUGAAGCCUUGGAGAACAGACAGCUUCUGCCCGCUCCAGUGCCCCACUCACAGCCACUACUCCAUCUGCACGCGCACCUGCGAGGGCUCCUGUGCGGCUCUGUCUGGCCUCACCGGCUGUACCACCCGCUGUUUCGAGGGCUGUGAGUGUGAUGACCGCUACCUGCUCUCCCAGGGCAUCUGCAUCCCCAUCCAAGACUGUGGCUGCACCCACAGCGGCCAAUACUUGCCAGUGAACUCCUCCCUGCUGACCUCAGACUGCAGCGAACGCUGUUCCUGUUCCUCAAGCAGAGGCCUGACAUGCCAGGCAGCUGGCUGUCUACCAGGCCGCGUAUGUGAGGUCCAAGCUGGAGCCCGGGACUGCUGGGUCCCCCGUGGUAUCUGUUCCCUCUCUGUAGGCACCAACCUCACCACCUUUGAUAGGGGCCAUAGCACCAUCAGCUCUCCUGGCAUCUAUGAGCUCUCUUCCCGCUGCCCAGGACUGCAGAAGACCAUCCCUUGGUACCGGGUAGUUGCUGAUGUCCAGGCCUGCGAUGGUAAAGUCAAGGCUGUGGGCCAGGUCCACAUCUUCUUCCAGGAUGGAAUAGUGACUGUGACCCUGAACAAGGGCGUGUGGGUGAAUGGUCUCCAAGUGGAUCUCCCAGCUGAGGUGUUAACAUCUGUGUCCGUAAGUCGGACCCCUGAUGGCUCCACGCUAGUCCACCAGAAGGCAGGGAUCCAGGUAUGGCUUGGAAAAGAUGGGCAGCUGGCUGUGAUAGCCAAUGAUGACCAUGCUGGGAUGCUGUGUGGGGCCUGUGGAAACUUUGAUGGUGACCAGACCAAUGAUGGACAUGGAUCCCAGACUGUGACAGAGAAAUGGAGAGCGCCAGACUUCUCCCCAUGUUACCGCUGAUCAAUCAUCUGCAAGGAAUGAGGACUUCAGGACCUGAUCCCCUUGCAGGUUGCAGAGGCAGAAGGAUGCACUGUGCGCCCCUUUUCUACUCUACCCCUCUGCAGAGUCACUGAAGCCAAAUGGGAGAGCGCUGAAUAAAUAUCUUAACCUAAGUUG